CGAUCUGUUUAGGAUCAUUUCCAUAUGAUAAUUAGACAACCGGCCUUAUUCUCAAUCUCUUUUCUGGAUUCACCAAAAAAGGGGGGAAAUGGGUUUUGGUGUUGAAGCUUUGGUUUCAAUGUUAAUGGUAGCAACACUAUCUUCGUUCGCCGCUGCUGUUCCGCAGGUCCCUUGUUACUUCGUGUUUGGUGACUCGUUAAUGGAUAAUGGCAACAACAACGACCUUGUUACGAACGCGAAAUCAAAUGUCCCGCCCUAUGGGAUCGACUUUCCUGAUGGUCCAACCGGCAGGUUUUCGAAUGGUCGAAAUACUGCAGAUGCCAUAGCUCAACUACUAGGAUUUGAAAGCUACAUACCACCUUUCGCAACCGCAAAACCUGAAGAAAUAUCUCGGGGAGUAAAUUAUGCAUCAGGUGCUGCUGGAAUUCGCGAUGAAACCGCCGAACAUUUGGGUGGUAGGAUAAGCAUGAACCAGCAACUAAUAAAUCACGCCACCACGAUUUCGCGGCUAAACGGGAGUUCAUCCCAAGUACAAAAACACCUCAACAAAUGCAUAUACACCGUCACAAUGGGCAAUAACGACUUCAUCAACAACUACUUUUUGCCACAAUACUAUCAAACCAACACCUUAUACACACCCCAGGAGUACGCAAACAUCCUCGUCCAACAAUACACCCAACAGCUAUCGAAACUGCAUCAACAAGGAGCGAGAAUGUUUGGUAUAGCUGGAGCUGGAUACUCUGGUUGUGCACCUGCGAUCAUGACCAGAUAUAAGACAAAUGUAUGUGUGGAUGAAGUAAACCUUGCUGUACUAGAAUUCAACACAAGGCUUGUUACUGCUCUUAAAGGCCUUGAGAGUCGGCUCUUUGGUUCAAAGUUCAUUUUCAUUGAGCCUUCCCUUGGCUACUCUAGUGAUUUCUCUGUUACGGAUAAACCUUGCUGCAUCGUCUCAACCACAAUUGAGGGCGAAGGCCAAUGUAUUCCUAACGAAGUCCCCUGCAGUGGUAGGGAAAAGUACGUGUUUUGGGACGCAUUCCAUCCUACCGAGGGUGUUAGCCUUGUUGAGGGAGCACGAAUAUAUAAAGCCCUCUCCCCAUUCUAUGGUCUUAAGACUAAUGCAGCAUCAAUGGCAGCAUCAAUCGCGUUAUCGGAAGUAGCCGAGGUUGAUGAGAUUUAAUUAACAGUCGAAUUAAGAUUAUAUGCACGUGUUGUUCAUUAACUGAUGCCUAAAGUAUCGCUAUGGCAUUAUCAAUGUUUCACUUCUAGUCCAAUAAUUUGCAUGGAUCUUAAUUAGGCAAAACAAAUAAAUAACAGUAAGUGUCUUGUAUCGUUUAUCUAUGAUGUUAUGCCAUGAAUAUGAUUGCUUAUUCAU